AUAGACAGAAAACGAGAAACAGAUAAAGGAUUGAGACUCAAGUUUUUUUGAUGUAACCCAAUCAAUAACUGUUGGAUUUUCACUAUUAAAUAAUGUUUUAUAUUUUGGCCAAGCGCGUGAGAACAAUCUGCUGAAUCAGGACCACUGACAAAUCAUGGCGUGUACGCAGUACAUGUAGAAUCUGAGUGUGUUCCCCCGGCCUGCACCGUGCAUGUAUGGAUUUGAGAAAAACAAGUUUCCCAAAUCAGGUCAAUAUUACAGAAGGGGGAAGCAGGAGCGGUGCAGCCUGCAGCGAGGCCCUUACACAGAGGAUCCAUAUAGAAAAGGGAACUGCUGAAAUCUGCUGAUUCAUCGUGAUCGAGCAGCGGGUUUGGGAGGAGUCACACCGGUGGGAAAGCCCUGCCCUUACAGGAGUUGCCCCGGCUCCUUCCUCAUUCGCCGCGCCGCGCUGUGCCGUCUGCUGGCGGCGGCUCUGGAGGGACCUCACACAGCCGAGUGUUGCGCUCGAGCCGGGCCUUGUGUCCGCUGGUGCCUCGCCUCGACUUCGCUGCUCGGCACCGGACGGCUGCACACCGCCGGGGGGGGUGAGGAGGAGGAGGAGGAGGAGGGGGGCAGGCGGGCGGCCUGGGGUGGAGUUGUUGCCCGAACCGAGGAAUGUGACGCACGGGCGGAACGGAGACGCACAUCGGCACAAAAGAUACUAGAAGCGACGACCUGCAGCGGAGUUGGGAGCAUCAAAUUCCUCUCCCCACCUCUUUGCCCUGACCCUUGACCCCGCACCUAUCCACAACCAUGGCACACCGAUCUCAGAGUUCAUCGAUUGGUGAGAACCCCCUCGACCCCAACUACCUGCCGCCACAUUACCGCGAGGAAUACCGCCUGGCUAUCGAUGCUCUGAUAGAAAAUGACACACAGGGCUACUAUGAAUUCCUCCAGACCGCAGAAGUAGUCGGUUUCCUUGCACAGACGGAAAUCGAAUUCAUCAAGUCAACAAUCCAGACCCCCAACAGGACGUCCAGCGUCCCAGAGCUGACAUACCUCGAGGGAGGUCUGGAGGCUGAUGGCUCCUCCGACACUUAUUGGCCGGUGCAGUCCGACCUGGCUGCACCGGGGCUGGACCUGGGCUGGCCGCUGCCACAGCACAGCUUCGUUGGGCCCACAGAGGUCACCACUCUGGUCAACCCCUCCGACCCAGACAUGCCAAGCAUCAAGGAGCAGGCCAGGAGACUCAUCAAGAAUGCACGCCAAGUCAUUGCUGUAGUGAUGGACACGUUCACAGAUGUUGACAUUUUUGCUGACCUAUUGGAUGCAGCAGCACGCCAUGUUCCUGUUUACAUUCUACUGGAUGAGCAGGAAGCCUAUCACUUUGUCUCUAUGGUCAUCAACUGCAAAGUCAACUUGGACCAAAUUCCUAUGAUGCGUGUCAGGACUGUGGCAGGAAUAACCUAUUAUUCCAGGACAGGGAAAUCAUUCAAGGGGCAGGUGAAAGAUCGUUUCUUACUGGCUGACUGCAGGGCUGUACUCAGUGGCAACUACAGUUUCAUGUGGUCCUAUGAGAAGAUCCACCGCAGCAUCGCCCACCUCUUCCUCGGGGAGCUGGUUUCCACCUUUGACGAGGAGUUUCGCAUUCUGUUUGCUCAGUCAGAGCCUCUCGUUAUUGACCCAUCGGAUGGAGCACUCGCUCUCCCUGACCCCAGCAGUUACUUAGGUAACCAGUUCGGUUUGAAGAGGAGCCAGUCUCUGCGUAACCCUAUAGGUUACCGCAGGCAGCCUGAGAUUCCCUCCGCCUUCCCCUAUGGAGACUCUGACCGAAAUCUUGCAAUUCCUUUCCGGAGGAACGAUCCAUUUCGUCACACCAUUGAACCUGGGCCAGGAAUUACAAUUGGGAAGUAUUCCCAGCAACAGUUUCGUCUGCAGCAGUCGUUCCUAGAUCAGGGAAGGUCCAUAGUUUCCAGGCAGAUGGAGAUUAGUGCCAGUGGCUUCAAAAGGCACAGCUAUGCAGAGGGAACCCAGGAAAGCUACACAUCUUCCAGGCAAUACAUGAAGCACAGAGUCAUGAAUAACCUGGAUGAGACGGACUUCCACAGGGAGCAGAUCCAAAGUAGUCACUACUACAGUGAAGGGCCUGGGCCGGGCUCUGGGCACGGACACUAUGACACACUCCGAGGUCGUCCUCCCCAUCUCUCCAUUGACCAGCAUUCAGAGUCAAGCUAUCGCUCAGAUCAGGAGCCCCCACCUGGAAACUAUGGCAGAGACUACUUUUCAUCAGAGGACUUGAGGGGACCUGAGGGGCACCGGGCGCCUCCGUUAGCCGGGAGGUAUGGAGGAGGUUCUGGUCAUAAGAGGCCAACCAUAGGUCAGGCGUAUGCCUGUCAGAGCUCGCCGACGCAGCCCCACCAACCAGAGAAGAAACCGUUUCCCAAACAAGAGCACGAUCAAGAUGCAGAUGCCAGGCAAGGCAUGAGGAGAUGGAGGAUCGACUCUUAUCUCAGCGCUUAUGAGGACAGUGGAGAAGAGGAUCUGACUCAACCUAUGGGGUCUGAUGCUUUUGAAGAUCCGCCACCAACUGCUACAGAAAGUUCAGCUCCCCGCUUUGGAAUAAGGGAGGCACCAAAUUUUCCCCCCAAACCAAGACCAGAUAUCCUGAGACCACGCUUUGGAAAGCCCCUGUUACCUGAGAGCAACAAUAAAGACUCAACAUCUAUGGAUUUGCUUCCAUCAGCCAGUGACUUCAAACCAUCAGCGCUUGAUAAAAGAGAGAGGGAUGUUGCAGAAAAGGGUGCAGAAAGGGAGGUGGGUGUAGAUGUGGAGGUGAAAAAGGGUACAGAUCUCUUGCUGUCCAAACAUGAAUCAUUCCACUCACGUAUCAACCCAAUGCUUCAACGCAGCUCUCGACUGCGUUCCUCGCUGAUUUUCUCAUCUUCCAAGACAGAGAUGCACAGCAGCAACCUUGGCCUAAAACCGGCGACGGAAGAAGAUGAGAACUUAGACUCAGUACGCACUUCCUCGAUUGUGGCCCAGAUACUCGAGAAGAGGUCAUUUAAUCGUGAGCCUUUUGCGUGGAGAAGGAAGGCUGCGGAAAAAGAUAAGGAGACACUUGUGGAGAAAGAGAAAGAGGAAAAAGAGAAGGAGAAAGAGCAACAGCAAGAGGAGGAGAUUAAAGCGAAAGUGGAGCCUCAGAACACUACCACAGAUGUAACAACAACGUCAUCUCUGAACAUGAAUGACCCUGCCAGUCGACUACAGUAUUUCAAAGAUCUGGCUGCCAAGAGAAAAGCCACCAAGAUGGAGACAGAGUCAUCGCUAAAAGCCCCAGAGCCAGCUGAAAAAAAGCCAGACCUUUCUUAUAAAUCUCCCCUAGAACCUGAGACGACUCAAAAGAUCCCAACCGUCUCUGUUAGUUCAGAAGAAUCUGCACCAAAGAAGAUGGACAUCUCUGCAAAACUAGCAGAGCUCACUCGCAGACCUUCACUUAGUUCCUCAAAGCCACCGAUAAGCUCUGCCAAGACUUCUGCAAGCUACCUGAAGCUACCAGAGACAGCUCAACCUAAUAAAGAGGAGAAUGCGUCAGAGGGUCAAAAGAAGGAUAUAUUCAAGUCUCUGAAACCCCUCCCUUCACCCAAGCUCUUCAGGAGGGAUCCGUUGAAGCUCAAAGGACUGAAUCCUCGACGCGUCUCCAGUGGUGAGGAGAUUCUGGCGACAGAUGCAACAGAUGCAGAGAAGAGUGAACUGAAAAAGAACCGCUCUCAAAGUUCUUCAACUAUGCCACGUGACGAAGGACAGCAAAAAGUUAUGGGAUCUACCACAUCAAUCAACACACUUGGUGAGGGGAAGGGUGACGGUAAGACACUCGACUUUCUAAAGAAGCAGACGCAGAGGCUAAAGGGAAUCCUCGUGCCCAAGGAUAAAGACAAGAAAUCUUCAGGUGAAGAUAGGGGCAUGAGCACGGGUCUGGGGGUCGCCGGAGAUUCGAGCAAAAAGCAGAGUUCAUCAGCUAACGAUACUGGAUCCACCAUGACUGACCAAACUAUGAGCAAUCAUAAGACAUCUACCGGCACAUCAGGCCCAUCUCGAUACCAGGCCCCGGGCAGCUCUGUUCUGUUCAGCAGCAACCUACGAGAUGACACCAAAGUCAUUCUGGAGCAGAUCUCAGCCAACAGCCAAAAGAUCCGACAGGAGCGGGAGGAAACAGCCGGGGACAAAGACAGCAGCGGCGAGGAGAAAGGGCUGGAGCGACAAAACUCCAUAAGGAGAAAUCUAUUUCAACGAUCGCAGCAGGGCAAUGUCCAGGAGCGUGAGGGAUUGCUGAAGAGGAUAGAGAGUUUGAGGAAGGAGAAGAAGGUCUACAGCCGCUUUGAGAUGGGGAAUAACCUGGGAUAACGAAAGAUGGAGGAGUCACCUUUUGAAUGGAAACUAUUUAUACGAGACGAUCAAAAAGACCUGUUACCCGUACGUGCCAACGACACUAUCAAAGUACCUCUGUGGCGCCACACUACAGCCUUUCCUGGAUGUUCGCACAAAGUAAUAAAACUUGAAAAGACAAUAUAUAAAAAUGCUGAAAACAAACUAAAGUCACUGAGUUUGGAAUGUCCGUCUUUGCCAAGACCUGGUACUAAGUUUACCUUAUAUGGUGACUGAGAGAAAGGAGAGUUACUCUGCUCACAUACUGGUUCCAUGGGCUAAUGUUUCACAGAACAGAAAAAGGUAGGGCCACUUACCUAUAAAUGGGUUUUAUGAAUGCAACCGAGGGAGUAAGAGAGGAUAAGAGAAGACUGUACAUGUUGCACCUGAGGGGAAAGAAAGUAGAUACAUGCUAGUUAUAAAACGUAGUGGUAGAUGACUGUGUGUGUUUAGUAUCAGUGAUGUGUGUUUCUGCAAGUGUCUGUGUAGCUGGGACUUUCAUGAAACUAAAUGGGAAAAACUGUCCCCCUAGAUUCACUGUGUGCCAAUGGCCCACUAAGGGCAUUACCACAGCUAGAGGAACUAUUAUUAACCCAAACCUUAAAACACAAAUAAGAAUGUGAAGAUAGGGAAUAGAAUGAACUGAAGAACUGAUGAAGGGUGAACAUUUAAUGGCAAGUCUGGGAUUACAGAGAAUGAGGAUUGAAAGUCAGAAGCAGACAGCAAUGUCUAAUUCUAAUGUUGAGGCAGCGGCAGUGGAGUUUUAUCAGAAAGUAAAAACGGUCAUGAACUUUAGCCUCUCAAGAGGGCUUUAUGUACCUUUCUGUUAAGGUGUGGACCCACCUCUCAGGUUUGAAGAUGUCAAAUAACUAUUCAGAGAGAGGAGUUUAAAAAAUAUGUUCUAGUCUUGAAUAAAAAUGUAAAUACAUUAACAUUUUCCCUGUUCCCUCAUUCUAUCCUGGACUUAAAUUAGUCAUCGCCUCUAAAGGAAAAACAGAGAGAAGGGAUGGCUACAUUUUGCAGUCCUGGACCUGGGCCAUGCCUCCUUACAUAACUCACCUAACUUCUGAGACCUACGCCCUAUGCAGGACUCCAAACUCCUUUGUUGGUCUGUAAACACUAUUAAACCAAAGAUUUAGUUAUACGGUAAAGUUCCCAGGCUGCUUGACAACUCGGCAGGGCAUCAAACCCUUUUGGUGUGUUUUUGUACUCGACAUCAAAAGAUCGAGCAAGAGGAUCGAUUGCCAUAUGGACACUUACGGGGUUACACUGUUUUCUUUAUGGGGGAUAUUGUAUAUAUUUAUGUAAGAAGUGCAUGGUGACAUUCUAAGUAACAGCUUAGAUUAUGAUCACCCUCAUUGUGCUAUCCAAGUGCCUUGUGCUUAUUUUUAAUUAACAUGUAAAUAUCUGGUCUUGGUUGUAAAAAAAAAAAUGGCAUUAACUAUGGGAAAAUCACUUGCACAGGGUCGUGUUCUUAAAAAAAAAGCUGCAAAAGUAUUACAUUGUAUUUGAAAUACUGUCUUUUAUUAAAACUCUUUAAAGCUGAAUUUGAAUGUGGCUAUGCAGAUAAAGUGUAUACAGUGUGUAAACUGUA